AUGGCCAACCCUUCUCCAGAGCAGCGCGAGCUGGAUCUCGUGGAGAAGGUGGACUUUCGAAUACUCAGCGUGGCCAACAACGAGGAGAAGCUCCAGGAGCUCCUGCAACGAUACUUGGCACCGUUGCUUCUCAAAGCUGGGAGCGAACAUGCCUCUGUCAGGAGCAAGGUCAUCACGAUAUGUCAGAGGCUGAAGACGUUCAUUCAGCCUCCAGGAGUGGUUUUGCCGGUUGACGCACUCCUGGACCAGUUCUCUGCUGCCGAGUCACCAGUCCUGAAGCAGCUGGACCUGAUGUUUAUCCAGCACAGCAUUGGACGGUUAAAGCCUCUUGAGAGGCGAGCCUUGAUCCCUAAGGCUCUGAGAGGCAUAUCAAAGGAGAAAGCCAACUCGUCCGGUCUCUUCAACGUUGUCCUUCGUCUGCUCCCUGACAUCAAGAUUCCGCCUAGGGGCAGCAAAGAAGAUGUCGCUUUCCGCGACGAGAUUGGGCUUCAGGACCCAUCCGAUGCCAAGUUUGUCGCCCACUGGUUUGGCCGCCUGUUGCUGCUCAAGGUCACAUCGAAAGGGGCCGCUGCGCCCGGCACGCGCUUGAAGGACGCCGAGGUCAAAUUCUUGACCCUGGGCAAGCCGGACACUUGGAACUCGUCUUCGGAAGGCGGAAUGAGCCUUUCGGAGACUCGUAUACGCGUCGCAAACUUCCUCGCGAGUGGCGCUUUCACCGAUGAGGAGCGCAUUAUGCCCGCGCUGUUCGCCUCUGCGAGUACCGACUCUCGUGUCUCGUCUAUCGGCGACGAUCUCCUGAAGAGGACCACUGUAUCAUUGGAAGACAAGAGUCUCGUGAGAGAUCUAUUUGAAGCACACGCAGUGCUUGCAACCCCAUACCGAACCCGCAUUCUCAACCUCCUGAGCAAGUCUGCCGUCGCGGCAACUUUCACCGGCGAGAUUCUUGCUGCGGUCGAACUCGACAUGGGCGAAGCGAGAAGAGUGCAAGAGUCCGCAGGACACCCGACACCCUCGAAGGGGCUGGAGCUCACGAAGCUCUACAGAGCAUUGUUUGAAUUCAUCAACUGGGUGGCGAGGAUAGGGCCGAAAAAUGGCGAAUUCAAAAUUGCAGGGCCGCUCGUCGAUCAUAUGCAGGAAUACAUCCGCGAACAGGGAUUCCCAGACCCGAAAUCUUCCUUGGACGAGGAUCAGGUCUCACUGAGAAAGAGAGCCUACGAGACCAUAGGAGCACUCGCCAAAGGCAUCAAAAUGACCCUCCAGGCACGGCUGUCCCUCGUAUGGUUCAUGUUCAUAGCGCUCACGGAGGACAUGACCUCAGGGGUUGUGGUCAACAUCGACGGUGCACUCUCCAGCAUGACAUCCCUUUUCCAGCCUCCCUACGAGUCGAACUCGGACGAAUACCUCAGGCCUGUUCUCCUGAAAUACAUCGACGCGCAGGUUGGAGAGAUCGGGAUCAAACGAAGCGGCAGACACGCCGCCGUGAAGUGGGCCAACAACUGCUUCCUCUUUUCGGAUGUGACCGCGAGGUGGAUCGAUAUCCUUGCGGUAGCUGGCGUCCGCGACGAGCGCAGCGAUGUGGUUGAGGAGGGCCAGAAGGGCCUUGAUCCGUGGACAUACUACGCACACGACAGCAAAGACCUCGAGCUGCCCGAUUGGCAAGCUAUGGUGAAGACGUUCUUCUGCGAGCCCAUCAAGAAUGUGACUUCUGCCGAGUGGCGAGGCGAGACGCCUACGAGGGGAUUCCCCUUCCCAAACUUCCACCGAGGCAACAUGCAAGCAUUCCCGGUGGCUCUCAACUACUGCAAGCAGAUCCUCCUCCUGACAGCUCUCAAAGACACUUUCAAGAUUGAGCCAAGCUGGGAGAGGCAAUUGGAGAACACCAUCCAGUCCGAUAAGCAGAGUCGCCAGGCUGUCCGAUCCUACCUUAAAGAGAACUCCAAAUGGCUGGUUCCGUUCUUGAAGGCGGCUCAAAUGAACCUGCAAGAUGAGAAUGGCGUUAGCAACGACCAAUCGGUUAGGUGCAUUGUGGACGUUCUGUCUCUUGCGCCCAAGGAGGUUGUGGGGGAGCUGGCGUGUCAUGCGGACGCCACAUUGCCUCUGAUAUUUUCCAACAAAAAGGAGAUACGGUCCCUCGGCGCCAGAGCGCUCGGUAUUCUCGCUCCACACCCCAGCAACCCGCCCGAGUCUGUCCAGCGUCUAAAGCAACAACUCAUCAAGACCACCCAGUCCUGGGCCACGGCCGUUGGAUCAGAGCUCAAUGCCGUGGAGGGAGCCUUUCUCGCGUUGGGUAGACUGGUCUCGAGAUCGGUCUACUACGCACCAGAUUCGGCAUCCCCAUUCCUUGAGGAGAUGACUGCGGUUUUUCCUUCAGCGAAGGAGAUUGAACAGAUGCCGGUGUCUCUUCAAGACGCUUUGUUCGACAGCCUCGCUCAGCUGUGGACGGCAGGUGUGCCCAUCCUGACACAGGAAGCGGACGAAAAGAAGGGCCUGAUUGACUUGCUUACAGCAAAGGCGAAGAAAUCCAACGAAAAGGCCAUCUCCGCCCUCGGGAGACUUGCAAUCUCGCUCAAAGCAUCCAGCAGUGGGAAGGAACAGGACCUCAGGUCACACAUUAUUGACAAGCUCUACCAGCUGGAAGAAAUCAAGCAGGCAGAAGUGCACUUCGCGGUUGGUGAGGCUAUUACCGCCGCGGUGGCUCGCUGGGACUCUGAUGUGGUUCAGCUGACCCUCGAUGUUGAUGUCGACAGUACGUCUUUCCAGACUGGCAAGCAGGCUGCGCACGUCGAGCAAGUUCUCGACAAGCUUCUGGAGAAUUGCAAGUCGACCAAGCCAUCGCUGCUCAAAGCCUCCGGCAUCUGGCUCUUCUGCCUCAUCCAGCACUGCUCCCAUCUGCCCGAGAUCCAAGCCAAGUUGCGGGAGGCGCAAGUUGCCUUCAUGAGACUUCUCAGCGCGCGUGACGAGCUGGUGCAGGAGACCGCAUCUCGAGGUCUUGCCUUGGUGUACGAAAAGGGAGACCCUUCGCUAAAGGACGCUCUUGUAAAGGACCUGGUUGCCUCUUUCACUGGAUCUGGGCCUCGACUCAAGGUUGACGAGGAUACCGAGCUGUUCGACGCAGGUGCGCUGCCUACUGGCGAGGGCAAGUCCAUCACCUCGUACAAGGACAUUGUCAACCUGGCCAACGAGGUUGGUGACCAAUCCCUCAUCUACAAGUUCAUGUCCCUCGCAACCAAUGCGGCGACGUGGUCAACUAGAUCGGCGUUUGGACGCUUUGGGCUCAGCAACAUCCUGUCCGAGUCCGAGGUCGAUCCCAAGCUGUAUCCCAAGCUGUACCGGUACAGAUUUGACCCCAACGAGAACGUUCAGCGAUCCAUGAACGAUAUUUGGAAAGCGCUGGUGAAGGAUUCGAACGCUGUGAUGGAGAAGCACUUUGAUGACAUUAUGGAUGACCUCUUGAAGAGCAUCUUGGGCAAGGAAUGGCGCGUCCGCCAGGCCAGCUGCGCUGCAGUCUCCGACUUGAUCCAAGGUCGGCCCUUCGUACAGUACGAGAAGUACUACAAGGACAUCUGGGCAAAGGCAUUGAAGGUUCUCGACGAUGUCAAGACGUCUGUGCGUGAGGCCGCAUUGCGUCUCUGUAUCAACCUGUCCAACACAUUGGUCCGUCAACUGGAGGAAGGAGGCUCUUCAGUUAGCGCAGUGGCCAUGAUGAAGGAGGCGCUCCCGUUCUUGAUGUCCGAGAAAGGCAUUGAGAGUGGUGUUGAGGACGUCAAGAUCUUCUGCACUAUCACGGUCAUGAAGAUUGCCAAGAACGGAGGCAAAUCGCUCAAAGGAUACGCCGCCGACAUGAUCAUUCGACUGCUCGGGCUGUUGAGUACCAUUGAGCCGGACGCCGUCAACUAUCACUACCUCCGCUCUGGCGAGGACAGCCGCGAGAAGAUCGACAAGCUCAGGAGCGCCAUGGUAUCACAGUCGCCGAUAUCAGAGGCGAUUGAGAACUGCCUACGCAACGUGGAUGCUCAGGCCAUGGCGGAUCUGGCGCCGGGGCUGGAAGGCGUGAUCAAGAGCGCGAUCGGCAUGCCCACCAAGAUAGGCUGCGGUAGGGUACUGGGAACGCUCGCGACGAGGCAUGCGACGGACUUUGCGCCGUUCUCGGCGCGUUUUCUGCAGUUGAUGGAGAAGCAGGCACUGGACAAGAACGACGAGGUCAGCCAGAGCUAUGCAAAGGCUGCGGCCUACAUCAUGCGUGUGGCGCCCUCGGAGGCCAGGGAGCGCUUCGUGGUCAAGUUUACCGACCUCUACUUCACCUCGGAGGACGAGGCCAGGCGGCAGAAGGUCGCCGACGCGGUGCUCGCCCUGUCCAAGAUCUCGCCGGACCACUUCAACGCCCUCGAAUCCCAGCUGCUCCCCUUUGUGUACCUCGCCAAGCACGACACCGACGAGUACGUGCAGAAGGAGUUCGAGGAGGUCUGGGACAAGCAUGCCGGCACGAGCAGGGCCGUCGGCCGGUACGUGACGGAGAUCGUCGCCCUCGUACAGCGGUGCCUCGACACGCCGCAGUGGGCGCUCAAGCACGGCGGCGCGCUGGCCGUCGGCGCGGCGGUCAGGGCCGUGACCUCGGCGAGCGACCUCACGGGGCAGGUCAACGUGGCGAGCCUGCGGGCGCUCUGGCCCGUGUUCGACAAGGCGCUGGCCCUCAAGACGUUCCCCGGCAAGGAGAAGGUGCUCGCGGCGCUGCCGGACUUUGCGGCCAAGGGCGGGGCGUUCUGGGGCGCGGACGACAAGGUCGCGGCGCAGCUGCGCAAGGUGGCGGUGCGGGAGGCCAGGCGCAACAACGACGCGUACCGGGUGCACGCCUUCGAGGCGCUGUGGAAGGUCGCGGCCGCGCGGGAGGACCUGGACAUGCUGGACGAGAUUGUCGAGAUUGUGGGCCCGCACCUGGACGAGCUUCGGGACGAGGACCGCAUGGAUGUCGAUAAGAAAGAGGGCUCCGAGGACCUCGUUGCCAAGACGGCGGCCAAGGGGCUCGAGGCGAUCGCCAGGGGUUACAGCAGGCCGGUGAUGAAGGAGGACUCGGCGGCUGUGCUGGCGCGGAUAAGCAAGGCUGCGGGGCAGUAUCUGGCGAGCAGGCAGUUUGAUGCCAUCAGGCGGAGCGUGUGGUACAAGGCGGCUUUAGACCUCAUGAACGAGGCGGCCGAGUCGGCGUCUUCUUCCUCCUCCUCUUCUACCAAAGCGGCGGCGGUCAAGGCUGAUGCUCUGGCUCUCGAGUACUUCCGCAGCUUGGACGUGGACAAGCCUGAUGUCGGCACGGAGGAGCAGCGGUCCACGAGGGCCAAGGCCGUCGGGGCACUGGCGCGAGCUCUCAAGAAGGGGGCUUUCGGCGGGGACGGUGGCGCUCGAGAGGAGGCUAUGAAAGAGAUCAGGGAGGUGACUACGAAGGCCCUGACGGGGGACAGGUCUCUGGAGGUGCAGAGGCUGUUGAGGGAUGCUCUUGGCGACAUGAAUUAG